AUGGUGAAAACCCUGGACCUGGCAGGCAUGGAGGCCAUGGAGGCCAGGGUCCUCAAUGAUCUGGUCAAGGAGGUCAAGGUGGAGGACCUGGUGGAGCUGGGGACCACGCUGCCUGAAAAUACUGUUCUAAAGAACAUUAAGGACUUACCAAAACCCAACAAAUAUGAUGGUGAGGACAACCGUGAGAUGUUUGACUCAUGGCUGAAGUCCCUAUUACGAUGGAUGUGCCUCACUCGACUAGGAGGCCCGAAUCUUGAUGAGGAAUGUCUUCAAAUGCUUGGACAAUACCUAAAGGGCGCUGCAUCAGAAUGGUAUAAUGACACUAUUGAUGACAUUGACGUGGAUGCUCAACUGUGGUCAUUUGUUGAAGCGCUUUGUAUGCUCUUCAGGCAGUUUCUACAUUUUGCUUCUACCAUUAGCGCUGCUGACCAUUUCGAAGUGGUCAUGUACUUGAAGCAAGGAGGAGUGGUGGGGCUGCAUGAUACAUUGACAAAAUAUGCCAAGUGCAUGCCCAUUCCACCUGAUGACUAUGCAUUUGCUCAUCAGUUCAUGGACACAUUGCCAGAUGAGAUCCAUGUGCCCCUAUUGUGCAAUCAGAAUGUCUUGAUUGAGGGGACCAAGUUCCAGGAUCUGCUGCAGCUGGCACAUUAG